AUGGAUGAUGUAGAAGGAAAGCCUGAAGACAAACCAGAUGUCUCUAAAACAAAGCGUAAGCAUGUGUCUAGCGAGUCAAGCAGUAGUGACAGUGACUGCUCCAGUUCCUCAGAUUCGUCGAACAAGAAGCUCUGCACGCUGCAGUGGCAGAAAUACUUCACUAUACUAAAUCUGGUGGAGAGUUUUCGUACGAAAGCUUUCGUGAAAAGAGCCGAGGUGAUAAACAUGAGACGAAAUGGAAUCACGAAGCAUAUCAAAGAGCCUUUGCUUAAAGCGGUCAUACGCAAGAUACCGCCAUCUAGUUCGUCGCUGUUUAACGCCGAAGCAUUCACAGCCAAGAUUGAGCACCAUGGUGGAAUGAGUUUAAGGGCACUACAGGCGUUCCCUCGCAGGGAACAGCGCCUCACAAACCGCCCUCGCAGGGCUAUUGCAAUCACGCACAUGCAAGCAACACUUUCACAUGUAAUGCCCAGGCAUGCCAGGAAAAUGCUGCCGCGCAGCCGUAUAUGCCCCAGCGGGGUAAUUACAAUCAUAGCUAUCCUUCGCAAGGAUAUAAUAACAGUGGAUUUAAGGCUGGGCCCAGCGGUUCCUUUCGCGGACGUCGAUCAAGACAACAGCAAAAGCCACAAAAUCAGCCUAAAAUUGCUCGAAAACGAGGAGCUUCCCCCGCGGGGUACAGAUACAAUAAGAGAGGUAAAUAUUGACAUGAGGUUCAGGGCAGGCCGGCUGGCACAGUUUUACAGCAUAUGGGAGAACAUGAACGCACCGGACCACGUGCUACAGAUGUUAAAGGGGUAUCGCAUACCCUUCUUACAAAAGCCACCUCUGGUUUAUCCGAACCGUUUCGACAACAACCUAAAAUGUCCACAGUCAGACGAGAUGUCGCAUAUCAUCAAUCAGAUGAAAGAACAGGGUGUCCUAGAGGUCGUGGAUCCGUCUCCCAGCUUCAUAUCAACGAUGUUUAUAGUGCCCAAAAGCGACGGCUCGCCCCGGCCUAUUUUCAAUUUAAAGGCUUUAAACCGGUAUGUAAUGGCCGAAAAUUUUGGAUUGAUAAACGUGCACCGCGUGCCAAAUUUCAUUCAGCCGAAAGACUGGCUAUGCAAGAUAGAUUUGUCCCAAGCGUACUUCCAUCUGCCGAUAAGCCCAUCGCACAGACGAUUUCUACGCCUUAUCUAUGGCCAAGAGUUCAUGCAGAUGACCUGUUUACCGUUCGGGCUCAGUACUGCGCCAAAGACCUUUGCGACUUUUACCAAUUGGAUAGCACAGGUUCUAAGGGACAUGAAUAUAAGAAUAAUAGUAUACCUCGACGAUUUCCUUAUUGCCCACCAAGACAAGAACAUGCUCGCCAGGCAUGUCGAGGUGGUCGUAAGGAAAUUAGAAACGCUAGGGUGGUUAAUCAAUUAUCAAAAAUCUCAAUUGACCCCCCAAAAAGCCCUGAUAUACUUAGGCGUGUGGGAUGCCUGGAGAAACCAGAAAAGACUUCCAGACGAAAAGAUCCCUAUUUUGAUUGGCAAAAUUCAACAAAUGCUUUCCGCUGCGAGAACCAACCGGAAAACUUUAGAGAGGUUAGUGGGACUUUUGAACUUCGCAAGUUUUACGGUUCCAAGGGGAAGGUUAAACUACCGAGCCCUGCUAAACCUUCUGAACUCUGUGCCGCGAUUUUUGAGCGAGACUUUUGCCAUCCCCGACAGGGUCAAAGCGGACUUGAUGUGGUGGUUGCACCAUUGUCGCACGCCUUCACCGAUCCACCUGCCUCCGCCGUCCCACUUCUUAACAACGGAUGCGUCAGACCUGGCCUGGGGUGCACAGUUGGACGAUCAAGCUCUGACUGGAUUUUGGACAAAAUCGGAGCAGACGUUGCACUGCAAUCAGAAAGAGAUGCUAGCUGUUCAAAGGGUAUUAGAAGGUCACUGUCAGUACCUGAGCAACUCUACAGUACUUGUGCAAUGCGACAACAAAACUGUGCUAGCCUACUUGCGCAACCAGGGCGGAACAAAAUCGAAUCCACUCCUGGAAUUAACAUUCCAGAUAUUUUGCAUCCUAGAGCAGUAUCACAUCCAUCUAAACUUAGUUCACAUACCGGGCAAAUACAACAGCCAUGCAGAUCACCUGUCACGGUUGCGUCAGACUCCGGAGUGGCAUCUGCUUCCGGGAGCCACAGAAAAAGUAUUUUCAAAAUGGGGUGUUCCCCAGAUCGAUCUGUUCGCGUCUCACAGGGCGCAUGUAGUAAUGAACUAUGCCUCACUGGACCAGAACGAUCCGACGGCAUUAUUUCACGACGCGUUUUCACAAGUAUGGAAUUACAACCUGGCGUGGGUGUUCCCGCCUCCUUACCUGGUCCCGAAAGUGCUAGCCCAUCUCAACCAAGCAACGGGCGUGUAUCUGCUAGUAGUUCCACGAUGGAGUCGCGUUUAUUGGAGAGCGGACAUCAGGUCACGCGCUCAAGCAGCCCCGUUCACUCUGCGGUCCCUGGAAAAGUUCCUGAUCGACGUCACGACGGGAUUGCCUCCACCGAAAGUUCAGGACAUGGUCCUAGAAGUGUGGAAGUGUGGGGGUGGUCAAAGAACCUAA